GUGAGGACAAGGUACCUGGAGGUGAGGACAAGGUUCCUGGCGGUGAGAACAAGGUUCCUGGCGGUGAGGACAAGGUUCCUGGCGGUGAGGACAAGGUUCCUGGCGGUGAGGACAAGGUUCCUGGCGGUGAGGACAAGGUUCCUGGCGGUGAGGACAAGGUUCCUGGCGGUGAGGACAAUGUUCCUGGCGGGGAGGACAAGGUUUCUGGCGGUGACGACAAGGGUCCUGGCGGUGAGGACAAGGUUCCUGGCAGUGAGGACAAGGUUCCUGGCGGUACGGACAAGGUUCCUGGCGGUGAGGACGAGGUUCCUGGCGAUGAGGACAAGGUUCCUGGCGGUGACGACAAGGUUUCUGGCGGUGAGGACAAGGUUCCUGGCGGUGACGACAAGGGUCGUGGCGGUGAGGACAAGGUUCCUGGCAGUGAGGACAAGAUUCCUGGCGGUGAGGACAAGGUUCUUGGCGGUGAGGACAAG